CGUCGGUUACACCAAAUAUUUUUUUGAAUCUGAGCAGCGUCAUAUCCGCGUUUUGCGAACUAUAAAUCUCCCUACUUGGACCCCCAGUUCAUCAUCAGUUGCAUAGAGAGAGCGAACUUGGAGUACCGCUAAGUGCAAGGCAAGCUACUUCCUGAGAGUAUCUUUCAAACAUGGCGGAGGAGAAUCAGCAGAAGACGACUGAGGUGGAGACCCAGGACCGUGGGCUUUUUGAUUUUUCUGGGAAGAAAAAGGAAGAGAAGUCUGAUCAGAAGCCCGGUUUGUUGGAGAAGCUUCAUCGAUCCAACUCAUCUAGCUCCUCGUCGAGCGAAGAGGAAGAAGUAGGAGAAGAUGGCGUGAAGAGGAAGAAGAAGAAGGAGAAGAAGAAAGCAGGGGAAACGGCAGCUGAGGGGGAGGAGAAGAAGGGGCUGAUGGACAAGAUCAAGGAGAAGCUGCCAGGUCAGCAUGCGGAGAAGACACAGGAGGAGGUCCCUCCUCCUCCUCCUCCUACUUCUUCUCAACCACCGACCGGCGAGGAGGGGGAAAAGAAGGGUUUCUUGGAGAAGAUCAAAGAAAAACUUCCUGGUCAUCACUAAGACAGACGAAAACAAAGAAGAAGGAGGGCGCUGCUUGUUGUGAUUGAGGCCUCUUUCAUCUUCUGUUCCCGCCAUAUGUCAUCUUUACUGCGUGCUUUCUUCGUUUUUCAGACUGUCUUCUUUUGUUUUUUUUGUGGUGUGUAUUUCUAGAAAGCUGAAACUCUAUAUAUACCUUCACUAUAUAUCAAGUUUCUCUAAAUUUCUUCCUUUCUUUUCCAUAUAUCAUCUAUCAAAGUUUGGAGCUUUUCGUGUAUUUUAUAUGGAUAGACAGACCACUCAUGUUUAUUUUUCUAUAUAUUUGGGCUGUCUCGUUAUGCCUUC